AUGGAUAAUAGUCCAGUAACUAUGCUUUCAACUAUUCAUCAAAUUAAUGGAGAUGAAAAUCGAAUUGCAAAAGUGUGUCGUCGACCUCGAGAAACAAGUACUAAUGCAAUUAAAUAUUAUGGUACUCAAUUAGCAGUACAAAGAACUUGGAUGCCAUUGUUUUUUUGGCUCUUAGAUAGUGCAAUUAUUAAUUCAUAUUUAAUACUGAAAAAGAGCAAUGCAAAUGUUUCUUAUAAGGAGUUUAGAACAAAAUUAGUGUGGGAUUUAAUUAAAGCAGAACUGGAAGAAGAAGAACAACAUAUACAUACACGAAGUCAAGUUGAUGAAUUAACAAAUCAAUUUAAAUUUAUUCAAAUUGAUUCUUUCAAAAAGCAACAAUAUGUUACAGUAAGUUUUGAACUUUCAUUAGUUAGAUUAUCACCUGAUGGUCAUUUGCCCAAAUGGAGAGAAACAAGAAGUAGUUGUAUAUGGGGCAAAUAUUUAGCAAAAAAAAAUCAAGAGAAAACAUCAAAAAAUCUAUCUCAAUCACAAUUAUAUUGUGUUAAAUGUAAUUUAGUUUUAUGUUGCAAUAAGAAAAGAAGUUGUUUUAAGGAUUAUCAUACUCAAAAAGAAAAUGACAAUUAA